GAUUUAUGAAUGAGUUCUUAAUUAAAUUAUUUGUUGACUUUAGAGUAGCCUAUGAUACACCUUGUCUUUAUAAUAUUUUGUAAAUGUGUUUAUUUCUGCUAGAUGUGACUCAUGCAUAUUUGCUGUUGUUACAAAAAAGUCAACUAUUUACAUGACUAAAUUAUGAUGUAAUCUAAAAAAUAAAUUUGCACGGCUAAUAACUCAAUAUUUGUGUUUUGGAUUUACAGUGUGCUUGGUUAUGCCAUUUGCUAAAGAGAAAUCUGUUUCAGUCUUAGAUGACAAAAAAUAAAUAAAAAAAAUAAACUAGUAAUAGUAGGCUACUGCACUUUAGUUCAAUGCAUAUUUCACAACCUGUUCCUUGAACAUUUUGGUAUUGCCUAGCCUGUGGAAAACUUAAAACAACCACCACCACCCAGACAGGGCAAAAGUACACACAUCCUUCACUCAGAUGGACGAAGAUUCAGACGAGGUGAACCGGAAAGCCGAACUGGACGAUAUUCUCAGUCAAAUUGCUGACCUCGACAAAUGGAGAGAGAUCUUCAACGCUCGCGGGUUGGAAUUACAACAUUGUAUUAUGAGAAGGCCAGUGGAGUGUAGCCUCCGGCCCGAGGAGGAGAGCGGGGAGGAGGGAUCAGGACGGUCUCCCUCCAGCGUCCAGCCUCCGCGCCGCCACGCCGCCCUGCUGCCCGCCCCUUACUCUAUCCCCCGGGCUCUGGCCGUGUCCCCCCGCAUCGGAGGACUUCCUGUCACACCCGAGCUGGCCGCGAACCUGAGGAAGAUAUUAUUUGGGAACACCUUUCACGUCUUCAACUACGAGUGGAAGAAGUCCUUCUUCCAGUUCCGGGAGCCUUACUCGGAUCUGUCGUACGCCCUGGAGGCAGAGAGGGGUGGAGCCCGUGCCAUUCAAAUGAUUGUCCAGGCAAAUAUCAUCAAAUACCUGCUUUUCACACGACAUCCCAACUCAGAAGCCUGCAGAAUGCAGAGUCUGAGGGAGGUUGGAGAGAAGGAUCAGGAGCGAGCUUUAGCGGCGUCGCUAGCGGACAUCCUGUGGGCGGCCGGCGAGGAACGGAGCGCCAUGGUUUCCUUGGUAACGUCAGACUACUGCAUCACGCCGCACCUGGGCUACAAACUGGACAACUUCACGGAAAGACUACAGCUUUUCAGUUUCAACAAGAAAGACGAUGUCAGGAAAUUCCUCUAUGAGCACAUUCAGUGUUUUAAAGAAGAGGGGAGCCAUGGAGUAAUCCUGUUUCUCUACAGCCUGAUCUUUUCAAGGACCAUCAGCAGGUUAAGAGAGGACCUGGAUGGAACCACCAGCCACCUGUUGUACCUGAGCCUUGGCAACUUCGUGGGUCGUCAGGCGUUGCUGAACCUGCUCCUGACCGGCAGGGCCAGUCCCAACGUCUUUAACGGCACCCUCCAGUACGGGGAGGAUGGCAGCACGCUGGAGCAGCCCCUCCACGGGGUGCUGGCUCGCAGCGACGUGGGGUACCUGUACUGGAGCCGUGAGGAGGUGGAGCGAGCCAGGAUGCCCCUGGUGGGCAGCAUGCUGAAGACACCUCGCUGGCCCAUCUGGGUGUGCAGCGUCAACAGCACCUACAGCGUCCUGUUCAGCCCCCAGCGCUCCCUGCUGUCCGACUGGAAGAUGGAGCACCUCUUCCACAUGUACUUCUACAACGGCCAGCCCUCCCAGACCACCACCACGCUGCUCACCAUCGACACCCACUCCCACCACUGGGAGGUGGGCUCGGUGACCAGCCCUGCAGACCUGGAGCGGAGGUUCCCCUCCGUGGAGAUGCUCAUCAGGACCAAGUGGGAGGGCGCCGCCAUCGACUGGAACGGAACCGUGCCGUUCUUCUGACGCGUGUUCACGUCUGCUCGUGUCUAACGUUACUCAUAAAUAAAGGCAAAGGAAACCUAACUGUA